GAAACCCUUGGAAGUUUCUCGUUCGCAACCUCCACAACCCUCGGCCCUGAAGCAAGACUCCGCCCACCGCCGAUCUCAAUCGGUCGGAGAAAUCGUCGCAAUUCGAUCAAUUCUCCAAUCCCUUUUUUUUCUCGCUGGACGGUGAGAAGGGUCAUCGAUUUUUUGCUUCGGUUCUUUCCUCUGUUCCGAUUUACCAGAUUUUGCUUGCAGUCUGGAGCUAUGGGAUCGCCAACCAUGGAGGGAGUUGCUUCAUUGCAGGAAAUCAUGUUGGAGUUUCGUGCUGGCAAGAUGUUUCUUGAUGGAACACGAGUGGUUCCAGAUGCUCGCAAAGGACUUUUCCGCAUAGGAAGGGGCGAGGAAGGCUUGGUCCAUUUUCAGUGGCUUGAUCGGAGUCAGAAUAUAGUUGAAGAAGAUCAGAUCGUCUUCCCAGAUGAAGCUGUUUUUGUGAAGGUGACUCAAUCUUCUGAAAGAGUGUACAUCUUAAAGUUUAACUCCGAUGAUAGGAAGUUCUUUUUCUGGAUGCAGGAGCCAAGAGCUGAUGGAGACACACAGAUAUGCAACUCUGUGAAUAGCUACAUUAAUCGGCCUUUAGAUGUAAUUGGUGAAGAUGAGGCUGAAGCUUCGGUUCCUCUGCAAAUGUCUGUGAUGUCAGAAGAUACUGCUGAGGAUGAUGUCUCAUCCAGAGCUGGAAACUUGGUUGGUCAAAGCAUGUCUGUCGAGUUGGCUGGUGAAGUAACCUCGUCUGCUGGACCUGUACAAUUGGCAGAUUUACAAAGGAUUUUGCGAAGCAUUCAACCAUCAGAUGCUGUUGAAGAUCCUGAUGCAGGAUUAGGAUUAGGAGAUAUUUUGAAGCCUGAUUUAGUCAUGCCAUUGAUCGAAACUUUGCCACUUGAACAACAAUUGGCAUCAUAUUUACCAGAGGGUUCAUGGACUCCUGCUGAUCUCAUGGAAUUGUUGCAGUCUCCACUGUUCCGCCAGCAAGUAGAUGCAUUUACUCAUGUGCUUCGGACCGGACAGAUAGACCUGUCCCAGUUUGGAAUCAACCCAAGUAAAUAUAAAUUCACUGUUCUCUCUUUUCUUGAGGCUCUAGAAGACUCGGUGUUGAAAUCAUCAGAACCUGAAGGCGCACAGUCAAAGCAAGAUGAGAACAAGGAUGCUCAGUCACAGAGAUGUGGUGGAAGCGAUGCCAUGGAUGAAAGCUGACUGCACUGUAACAUUAUUUUCUUAUCAUUUUAUUCCCCAUCUGAGGGGAAGCAAAGGUGAGAGUGUUUGGGGAGCUUACCUCUCAUGGAUGAUCUGUAUGCUUUACCAGCGAGAAAGGCAUGCGAGAAUUGGAUGGUCAGCAUGAUCGUGACAUUCAUUUGGAUUACAGAUAUUGAUUGAUGCACACACAUAGAUCAAUAAACUGCUCAUUAUUUUCGAAUCUAA